AUGAACUCCCUUAACAUCCUGACGGCCCGUGUGUCGCCGCCCCCGAGUCCAAGUCAAUCACGAUCCAACAGUAUAGGAUCCAUUGUUGGAUUGGCUUCCGAAGACGAUCACCAGCGCGGCGACCCUAUACCUUCCAUCGAGAACGAGACCGAAUCCUUCCCCCAGGAUACUUUUGACGAAUCGCGAUUCGAGACCGAGAAGCCUAGCGAGGAAACCCCGUUGCUUGGUGACACAGGCGAGACUCAGACGAGGAGCUCAUGGUGGCACUCUAUUCCUCGACGAAUUGCUUCCAGCAUCAUUGGUUCUCUUCGAUGGGUUCUUGCGACUUUGGCUUCGCCGGGUGUGUACCUCAUCGCUUGUUUCUACGACGAAUAUGGCAACUUUGCACCUUUCACGCAGCUCGGUAAAUUGUUUGGAUUGGGAGGUGGGCACAAGGCCAUGGAGGAGCCCAGCCAUGCCUCUGAAAAGGAAUACGGUCGAACUACAGGAUAUAGGAGGCUAUCGCCAAAAUCUAGGCAUAUAUCAUCUUCUUCGACGUCAUCGGGUCUCUCAUCGGAAUCAGAAUCGGAAGGACCACACUCUGGCAGUCUUGGUCGGCAUGCUCGGUCCAAAUCGCUACAGCCUGCAGAGGAAACAGGUCCUGCUCGAAGGUCAAUCAGGAUCAAGCUUAAUAGCGACGAGGAUUUGAGGCAACGGAAGCAUAGGAAAACUCAAUCGGCAGUCGCGCGAACAAAGGCUAGCGAUCUAGGUAGCGGCGACCUUUCGGCACAUCUUAAAUCUCCUACGUCUCCCAUCGCAGCACUUACCAAGUACCCGAAGACCCCGGCACCGCCUCGACCUCUGAUCCCGCGCAGACAACCAUCUUAUAUCAAUCUCGAACCGCCCUCGCACCCACAGAAGACUUUGAUUCUGGAUCUAGACGAAACUCUGAUACACAGCAUGUCCAAGGGUGGCAGGAUGAGCACCGGACACAUGGUUGAGGUGCGCCUGAACACAACAUACGUGGGGGUUGGAGGACAGACAUCGAUUGGGCCGCAGCAUCCGAUCUUAUACUGGGUUAACAAGCGACCAUACUGCGACGAGUUCUUGAGACGAGUUUGCAAGUGGUACAAUCUGGUUGUGUUCACAGCUUCGGUACAGGAAUAUGCGGACCCAGUGAUUGACUGGCUAGAAACGGAACGGAAGUUUUUCUCGGCACGAUACUAUCGACAGCACUGCACAUUCCGACAAGGCGCAUUCAUCAAGGAUCUGGCCUCGGUCGAAUCCGACCUGAGCAAGGUGAUGAUUUUGGACAACAGUCCGUUGAGUUAUCUGUUUCAUCAAGACAAUGCAAUCCCUAUUCAGGGAUGGAUCAAUGACCCGACGGAUACGGACUUGAUGCAUCUGGUGCCAUUGUUGGAAGGACUGCAUUAUGAUGAUAUUGGAAUACUAGCAGGACGACUUGUCCAGGGUAAGGAUCACGAUAACUCGUUCCUUGCCCUAAAAUUCAACAACCCAUCUUGA